CUUCAUGCACCCACAGCAGAGCAGCAGUAGUAGCAUGGCCGAGACUGGCGGCAUCUUACCAGACUUGUCGCUGUUCGGGAACGAUGGUCUUCUCAACGAACUGGAGAAGUCUUCGACCUGCAGCGAUUCGGACUUCGUGCUUCCAGCCAGUCCCUUCCUGGAGAACGGCUGGCAGGAUCAAGAGGACCAAACUGGACCGGAUCCACUUUCCGAGAUCUUCUUCAAGAAGGAGCCUUCGAGCCCUUCCUCGACGUCGAGUGACAGCAAAAGCCGACGCGUGAGUGCCUCCAUGAUGGAGGAUUUUUUCUUCGAUCCGAAGUCGUCGACAUUCGGCGACAUCGACAACGGCCAUGGCUUGGUCGGCAAUGUCCUGAUGAACCCUGGUGUGCAUCAGUUCCCCCACAUCAAGGAGGAAAUGGACUGUGAUUACCAGGGGAGUGUCCCGUGUGUCCAGUCCGAGUGCGGCCCCAUGCGGGUGCCUUCUACUCCGAUUCCCUGCAGCAAUGGCGCUAACGCCAAUGCAACAAGAUUGUCCAUGAACUUCCAACACAGUAUGGACAUCGUGAAUAAUAACAAUCAGUGUGGCAUGCGUAGGAUGUCGGUGUGUAGUCCCGAUUCAUUGACAUUGGGUGGGGUUAUGAUCAAACAAGAGCCCCUGGACAAUCUUCCAUCCCCGUGCAAUAUGCAGUGCAACCCGACCCCCACCAACAUGCCCAUGGGGGUACCGCCGACGCCCCCUGAUAUGUGCGCGCUGGCCAUGGAGACGAAACCAAUGAUGCAGCACUCCCCGACGUUUCACCAUCACCAGCAGAACCAGGGACCAGUGUCUAAUUCGUUCACCUUUAACAUCAACUUGCCACCCAUGGACCACCACCAUCACCACCAGCAGAAUAACCAGCACCACCAGAACAACCAGCACCUUCCACCACACCACCACCACCAUCACCAUCACCACCACCAGCAGCAGCCGCACCACCAGUCCUACAGCGGGUUCCCUCCGACCCCGCCCAACUCUCAUCCAGGUUCGCCUGCUGAUAUUCCCCUGGGUCUGGAGGGGUCGGCCCUCUGUCUGAGACCUCCUCCGCCGCCGUAUCCUGUAGCUGUUGCAAAGGGUGGUCAAGUGUCCCCCAUGACCAGCUCCACCAGCCACACCCACAACCACGCCCACAACCACACCGGCCAGUCUCUCAAGUACAACAGGAAGAACAACCCCGAUCUGGAAAGGAGGAGAAUACACCACUGCAAUUAUCCAGGUUGCACGAAGGUUUACACGAAGAGCUCACAUUUAAAGGCCCAUCAACGCAUCCAUACAGGGGAGAAACCAUACAGGUGUACGUGGAACUCGUGCCAGUGGCGUUUUGCCCGGUCCGACGAGCUCACGAGACAUUUCCGCAAGCACACGGGGGCAAAGCCAUUCAAGUGCAAGGUCUGUGAGCGCUGCUUCUCACGGUCAGACCACCUGUCACUGCACAUGAAGCGACACCAGGACAAGAUGAAUCACCAGCGAAAUGACGCGUCACAAACGGCGGCAACGCAGCAUCUCUAACGGCGACGCCUGACGCGUCUGACGUCAUGCUGGUUGAACUCUAAUAAUGCCGUCGACGACGUUACAGGAACGUUUUUUUUAACAACAAUGGACACUAUGUUGUUAGUCCGUCUACAUUUGUGGAUAGAGACGAUGCAACGACGACAACGUUCGUGACGUCGUCAUGCUUUUUCUCGCGUGUGAAAUGAAAUCGCAAUCGGCAGAGACGAUGACCGCAUGGUAUACAAGUGUAAGAGGGAGAGACACAGCGAGAGGGAAGGAGAGACGGUGAGAGGGAGAACGUUAACAAAUAAAGAACAAUGACGCGAAAGGAACGUUGCAAACAACGCCGACGUCGGAGUUAAGUUUGAGACAAUAGUGAACGUUUGGGAAGUUUUCGCGUUGUUUGGUCUGCCCAUAGAAGAUGACAUAAUGGCAACGAGACACGAACCACGAAGCCAACUUUGUUUAGGUGACAAAAAUAUUACCAUGCUAGGCAGAUGACAAUGACAUCAUAAAAUAAGUAUGUAGCAAAGUGGAGAAAAAAUAAAGAACAACUAUGAACCUUGACCAAAUCUGUCUUAGAUUGGCAACGUGUAGAAGUAGAUAGUAAAUGUAUAUUAUGUAUUUUCUUUAUUAUAUUUGACAUAUCCUGUCUAUAUCGGAAACGGCAGAUCAAGAAAUAGUCAUUGUUAAUUUGUCUAUCCAUCUACGUAUUUCUUUAUUUAUAUAUUGUGAGCCUCUCAAUCCUCUCUCUUCUCUUCUA